AUGGUACGCUCUUUACAACUCGGCGUGGCGGCCCUUGGGCUGCUUGGUGCAGUGUCCGCUCAAUUAGUGUCAACUGGCUUGUCCGUCACGCUCGACCAUAUCGAUUACUUUGUCUCUCCUUACUCAGCGGGGAACGUGACGGUGUCGGCGGCCUUCCUGAAGGACGUCCCCAGUGUCAAUGGCUUCUACCCUGUGACUGUUGUCCAAGAGGAGAUAGCUGAGGUAUCAUCGUUGCCCUCUAUUUUCUCUAAAUGGACGGAUGUGGAUGAUGUGUUUACACCCGCUUUCCUGGGUGCAGUCUUAGUCCGUGGCUGCAAACCCGACAAUGUCACUACAACCUUCAAUACUUCCCGCUCCAGUGUCCUCGUGCCUUUGGAGUCCAGGGUUGUCCCAUCAGGCCCAUACUUCCUCGAACAGGCUACUGGGAAGCUUUAUCCAGUCUACCGUCUGUAUAGCGACUUUGCAGGAGCCUUUACGCAACCACUGCUCCAGAAGCCAGACGGCACAUUCCAGCCUUUGUCGGCCCAAGUGGCCGGUCUGGUUUCAUCCACAGUGGGUGUACCCUCUCGCAUCUACUAUACCCCCAGCUCCGAGAAGCCGCUGGCUGGGGCCCGUGUUGGCGUCAAGGACAUUUACAGCCUCGCUGGCGUGCGGCAGAGCAACGGCAAUCGAGCAUGGUACAAUCUGUACGGGGAGAACAACGUCACUGGAACCGCUGUUUCGCGUCUGAUCGACGCAGGCGCCAUUAUUGUCGGACUACAGAAACCCUCGCAGUUCGCAAAUGGAGAAACGGCUACAGCUGACUGGGUCGACCUUCACUCGCCCUUCAAUCCACGUGGAGAUGGUUACCAGGACCCUUCUUCCUCCUCGUCGGGCGCGGGUGCUUCCAUCGGCUCCUAUGAAUGGUUGGACCUAGCUCUGGGUAGUGAUACCGGUGGUUCUAUCCGCAAUCCUGCCGAGGUCCAGGGAGUCUACGGUUCUCGCCCAUCUCACGGUCUGGUCGAACUCGACCAUGUCAUGUCUAUGUCUCCGGUGCUCGACACUGCAGGAGUGCUGACAAGGGACCCUUACCUGUGGGACCGAGCCAACCAAGCUCUCUACAGCACUAAUUACACCUCGUUUCAUGGAAAAUCAGUCCGCUACCCCAGCAAGCUGUACACUAUCGAUUUCCCGACGACCAAUGACUCUGCGGCAGACGCAUUGCUGGCUGGGUUCCAAAAGCGCCUGGCCGCAUUCUUGAAUACGACAGCCACCCCGCUGGACCUACCUGCCGACUGGUCGUCACAGCCGCCAUCCAGCGCGCCCGCCAAUGUCUCGCUUGAAACGUUGCUUAACCUGACCUACCCAAUGCUCAUCACGAAGCAGCAAAUACCUCUGGUUAGGGAUCCUUUCUAUGCCGACUAUGCUGCAAAGCACGACGGCCGAGUCCCCUUCGUCGACCCUGUCCCUCUCUCCCGGUGGAACUGGUCCAUGGCGUAUCCUGACUCCGCACUGGAUGAAGCCAUCCACAACAAGACGCUCUUCAUGGACUGGAUCGCUGAGAACUAUCUCACUCCGAUCUCCGACCCAGAGCAGUGCUCUUCGUCGCUUAUUGUCUAUGUGGGCACCGAUGGCUCCCAGACAGCGCGUAAUGUCUACCGCUCGCUGCCUGGCGCACCAUCAGGCUAUAGCAAGUUCCUCAUCUCCAAUAUGGCCAGUGUGCCGGACUUUGUCAUUCCCGUUGGAGAGAUUGAGGCUUACAGCACCAUUACACAACACCAGGAGAAAUUUCCCGUCGCCAUUGACGUUCUGGCUGCGAAGGGGUGUGAUGGGCUACUUGUUAGGCUGGCUCAGGAUUUGUUGGAGGCUGGAAUCAUCAGUGCCCCGUUAACCGGUGGGACGCUGACUGGUGGGUCAAAUCUCCCUCUCCUGCUUUCUCUUUUUCUCCCGUCGAAACGAUACUCCACACCCCACGCCCAGAUGCGUUUUCUCAGCAGUGCAGCCCUAUUCGGCCUGGCAUAUGCCUCCACCCAGGCCGUACUCCAGCCAGAGGAGCCGUCCGACUUCCGCACAUUCCACAGCCCAUAUUCCCCGCAUCACUCAAUCCGCAUCCGCCAGCAGAAUGAAUCGCUCUGCGCUGCCCAUUCCGCCCAAUACACCGGCUGGCUCGACAUUGGUCAUAAGCAUCUCUUCUUCUGGUACUUUGAGAGCCAGAAUGACCCUGCCAAUGAUCCCCUUACCCUCUGGAUGACAGGCGGCCCAGGUGGCUCUAGCAUGAUUGGUCUAUUCGAAGAAGUCGGGCCAUGUCUGAUCAACAAGUACGGCAAUGGCACUUACUACAACCCUUGGGGAUGGUCGCGGAACUCGUCGCUGCUGUUUGUCGAUCAGCCAGUCGAUGUGGGCUUUUCGUACGUUGAUGAAGGCGAAGAACUGCCAGGCGACUCGCAUCAAGCUGCAAUUGACAUGCAUCGGUUCUUGCAGUUGUUUGUUUCCGAGGUGUUUCCACAUUUGCAGUCCCUUCCGUUUCAUCUUUCGGGAGAGUCGUAUGCCGGUCACUAUGUUCCUUACCUCGGCAGCCAAAUCGUUCAACAGAAUAAGCUCUAUCCCAAUGAGCCCCAAGUCCUUCUGCGCUCAUGUCUCGUAGGCAACGGCUACUAUUCGCCUCGCGACACUGCCUACGGCUACUGGGAAACUCUCUGCACCACUAACCCUGGAGUACCCGAACCGGUCUUCAACAAGACCAGAUGCGACAUCAUGGCUGCCAACAUGCCGCGAUGCAUGGAGGUCUUCGACGUAUGCAACAGGAACCCCGAUCCAGCCAUUUGCCAUGCUGCGUCGAAAGUAUGCUACGAGGGCAUAAUCGGAUGGUAUGAUGACGAGUCUGGGAAGGGUGGUCGGAAUCGAUUUGACAUAACCGCACCCUGCGCCAUUGACGGCAUCUGCUACAUCGAAGCGGCUCGUAUCGAGCAGUACCUGAACACACCGGCAGUUUGGGCCGCUUUAUCACCACCUAAGGAAAUCAAAGAGUACAAGGUCACCUCCGACAAUGUGCCGCGCGCAUUCGAUCGCACUUCGGACGAGAUGACGCCUGCGUCGGAGCAAAUUGCUUUUCUGCUUGCGAAUCAGGUACAUUUCCUCGCGUAUCAGGGAAACUUGGAUCUGGCUUGUAAUACGGCGGGGAAUCUGCGCUGGGCGCAUUCUCUGCCGUGGAGGGGCCAGGUCGAGUUUACCUCCAAGCCACUGCAGUCAUGGAGUUGGGUGGAUGUGGUAUCCGGAAAGAGUGGAGUGGCUGGAACGACCAAGGAGGUGAGGGUGAAGGUUAGUGCGAGUACGGAUAAGGAGUCAAGGUUUGCGCUGGUUACAGUUGAUGGGGCAGGACAUUUUCUUCCCCAAGACAGACCCGAUGUCGCGUUAGAUAUGAUGGUGCGGUGGAUCUAUGGCGCAUCGUUCACUGAGUGA